AUGUUGUUAACUCACGCGCCACCACUAUCAUUUCUGAGCACAUUGCUUCUUUAUCAUCAUAAUCAUCAUUCAUCUCACUCUUUAUCUUCAUUAUCGCACUUCGCAAAAUCUCUUCCUAUCACCAACCGUUUCUUCUUACACACUCGCCGGAGCUCACUCCUCCCGAUGAGCGGAGAAGUCCUCGCCGCCUGUGACUCCUCGUCGGAGCACGUCUCCGGCGACUGGUACUCCGUUCCGGAGCUCCGAUUGCGCGAUCACCGGUUCACCAUCCCUCUCGAUCACUCUCGGGGACCGCAUUCUUCUCCCAAGAUCUCCGUUUUCGCUCGUGAAGUCGUUUCAGUUGGGAAAGAAGAGCAAAAGUUGCCAUACUUACUAUAUUUGCAAGGUGGACCUGGGUUUGAGUGCCGGCCGCCAACUGAAUCCAGUGGAUGGAUUCAAAAAGUUUGUGAAGAGUUCCGUCUAAUCUUAAUGGAUCAGCGAGGAACAGGCUUAUCAAGUCCCUUGACUGUGUCAUCAAUGUCGCAAUUCAAGUCUGCAGAUGAAUUAGCGGACUUCUUAAAAUAUUUUCGAGCUGAUAAUAUAGUAUAUGAUGCAGAGUUUAUUCGUGUACGCCUUGUUCCAGAUGCCGAACCUUGGACAAUUUUGGGACAGAGCUUUGGUGGAUUUUGUGCUGUCACGUAUUUGAGUUUUGCACCACAAGGAUUGAAGCAAGUUCUUAUAACAGGAGGAAUUCCUCCGAUUGGAGGUGGAUGUGCUGCAGACUCAGUGUACAAAGCAUGCUUUGAGCAAAUUAGACAUCAAAAUGAGAAGUACUACAAGAGAUACCCUCAUGAUAUUAAAAUUGUUCAAGAACUUGUUAAUUAUUUAGCUGAAAAAGAAGGAGGAGGGGUGGCCCUUCCAUCUGGAGGCAUCCUAACCCCAAGAGGGCUCCAGACUCUUGGUCUAUCUGGCUUAGGAUCCGGAGCUGGCUUCGAGAGCAUGCACUAUUUGUUUGAGAGAGUGUGGGAUCCUACUUUAGUUCCAGGAGCACCCAAGAAAAUAAGUUACAACUUCCUUAGUUCUUUUGAGAAGUGGUUAACUAUUGAUACUAAUCCACUCUAUGCUAUUCUACAUGAAACCAUCUAUUGCCAGGGUUCUGCUAGUAAAUGGUCUGCUAGUAGAAUACGGACUGAAGUUGAAGACAAAUUUGAUGCAAUUAGAGCUGCCAGAGAAGGGCUACCUGUACUUUUUACAGGAGAGAUGAUUUUCCCAUGGAUGUUUGAUGAGGUUCAUGCCUUGAAACCAUUCAAAAAUGUAGCUCAUAUAUUAGCAGAAAAGAAGGAUUGGCCCCCACUGUAUGAUGUUCAGGUCCUGAAUAACAACAAGGUACCUGUUGCAGCUGCUGUUUACUAUGAAGACUUGUACGUGAAUUUUAAGCUGGCCAUGGAAACAGCUUCACAAAUUGGAGGGAUUAGGCUAUGGAUAACUAAUGAGUUCAUGCAUUCUGGCUUGCGUGAUGAUGGGAACAGAGUUAUUGAUCAUUUGUUGGGAAUGUUAAAUGGAAAGAAACCUCUAUUUUGAU